AUGGUGCGUUGUGCUGAGCGUACCACCCUCUGUAGAGCCUUGCGGUCAGCGGCAGUGUGGUUGCCGUCCCAGGCCGUGAUGCGGCCCGACAGAGAGACGCUGAGCUGGAACAGCUCUCACACACAGAGGAUCACAUCCAUUUCCUCCAGAGUUAUCAGUCUCUCCAGUCCCAGUGUAUCUUCAGACUUACCCAGUAUCGUUGUUUGUCCUCUUCAGUACUUCAGAGCUGUGAGUAAGUCUGUGUCUGAGCUGAGAGAGAAACUAGAAGACCUCCUGAAAGGAGAAUGGACCAAUAUCUCCACUACAGUGAAAACAGUGGAUGUUUUACUGCCUCCAGAACCCAAGACCAGAGAACAGUUCUUAAAAUACUCCUGUCAGCUCACACUGGACACAAACACAGCACACAAACACCUCAUCCUGUCUGAGGAGAACAGAAAGGUGACAUAUACAAGACAACCCCAUCCAUAUCCUGACCAUCCAGAAAGAUUCACUGGGUGUUCUCAGGUGCUGUGUAGAGAGGGUCUGUCUGGCCGCUGUUACUGGGAGGUUGAGAGGAGUGUCCAGUAUGUUCAUACAGCAGUCUCCUAUAAAGACGUCAUUAGAGGGUCAGCUAAAGACUCCUUAUUCUGGCUAAAUGAAAAGUCCUGGAGUUUAAACUGCACAAGUAAUGAUUAUAGUUUCUACCACAAUACUGUUAUGACUAAAGUAUUAGGCCCUCUGUCCUCCAGUGUAGGAGUGUACCUGAAUCACAAGGCAGGUAUUCUGCCCUUCUACAGCGUCUCUUCUGAUACAAUGACCCUCCUCCACAGAGCCAAGACAACAUUCACUCAGCCCCUCUAUCCUGGGAUUAUGCUUUGGCGUACUACUGCAGAGCUGUGUAAACUGUGGUAGAAAUCCCCAUGCUUUUUUUCCCUCAAAGAUUUGAUAUUUAGCUAUAUAAUUCCUUCACUGUUGCUCUUUAGAGAUUGAAGGAAUUAAAUAUAUUUUGAUAAAACUAUGUUUUAAUCUUAUACUGCAUGUUCAAAUUCAUCAAGUGUUUCUGACACAAUGACCCUCCAUAGAGUUCAGACAAGAUUCAGUCAGCCCCUCUAUAAGGAGUCUGGGGUUUGUUAUCAGCACACUAAUGAUACUUCAGAGCUGUGUGAACUGUGGUAGAGGUCACCACACGAGAGUGAAGCUUUAUAAUGCUCAUUUUUGAUUGGAUCUUUAGAUAUUUAUUGACUUUACUGUUGUAAUCUCAGAUUCAUCACAAUAUAUUUUCAGUUUCAUGUCAAAAGCUGAAUAUUGUUAAUCAUCACUAAUUAUUAUCUAUGUACUGUAUGUCAAUUAAUCAAUAUAGGGUCCUUGGUAUUAAUCUCAGUUGUUUUCCUACUAUCAUGUAAUGUGCUGUAAUACGUAUUUAGGUGAGAAUCCUAAACUCUACUCCGAGUUACAUUUUCACUUAUUCAUGCAUUGAUGUCAAUAGGAGACAUAGUGAACAUUUGGCUGAAGUGGAAGUUAGGAUUUUCCCCUAACAUCAUUGGAUAGAUUUCAUUGGGAUAGUUUGCUCUUAGGUUGCACAUACUGCUUGAUCAACCAUCAUGAACCUGACCAGCUGAUGGGGCUGUUUACCAAACAAUAAACAGUAUUGCUAAUCUGUAGAUCUGACACUCAGUAACUCAGUAAUUAGCUACAUUUUCUAUGAAAUCUUUGGAGAUGUAAGGUGUUUAUAAUCCACUAUUGUAGUGAAAAAUAGAUCAAGUAACUGAUACUACUGUUCAGGGGCUUGAUAAUAAAGGGUUUAAAACUCUUGUC